AUGUCUAAAGUUCCUACAGUAAAGCUCAACAGCGGUUAUGAUUUCCCUUUGAUUGGUUUUGGUACCUUUGGUGGCCAUGAUGCUCCUGAAAAAGUCUAUGAAGCAACCAAAUGUGCAUUAGAGAAGGGAUACAGACACUUUGAUACUGCUUAUUGCUACGGAACAGAAGCCGUGGUAGGCAAAGCUAUCAACGAAAGUGGCAUUCCUCGCGAAGAGAUCUUUAUUACUACCAAGUUGUGGCAAAAUUUCCAUGAACCAGAACACGUUGGUCCUGUCUUUGAACGCUCACUCAAAAACCUCGGAUUAGAUUACGUCGAUUUAUACUUGAUUCACUGGCCGUUUCCUUGGAAGUUCCAAGGCUAUGACUUGAAGGAAUUGAAGCCGUCUAGCCUUAUUGAUGUACCCAUUAUUGAUACCUGGCGUGCUAUGGAAAAACUAGUCAAGGAAGGCAAGGCCCGUUCGAUUGGUGUCUCCAACUUCACUAUUCCUAUGCUCGAAGAGUUAUUGAGCAAGUGUGAAAUCCCCCCUGCUGUUAACCAAGUUGAAAUUCACCCUAAGCUUCCUCAAGAAGAACUCCUUGCUUAUUGCAACAGCAAGAACAUUGUCUUGACUGCCUAUUCCCCUCUUGGUAAUCCUGGUUACAGAGAUAAUGAGCUCAAGACUGUUGAAGAACCUAUCGUGAUUGAUAUUGCCAAGAAAUACAACAAGUCUCCUCAACAAGUCUUGCUUAGUUGGGGUGUUAAUCGCGGUUUUGCAGUAAUUCCCAAGUCUGUCACACCUUCUCGCAUUGAAGCAAACCUCGAAUUUUUCAAAAUGGAAGAAAAGGAAAUUGAGGCCAUUACUGCACUUGGACGUAAAGACCAAGUACGUCUGUGUGAUCCUAAGAAUAUCUGGGGUCCCGAGCACAACAUUUUUGAUUAA